CUUCAUGCUCUAAGUACUUCUAGUUACAAAAAUGGCGCGGCGUUUGUAGGUGUUGCACACGGUAUUUUACACUUUACUUCGCCUCGUGCGCCUUGCUGCCCCCCCCCCGCGACACCCUGCUUGGGACCCCUAGAAACAAAGCUUGUCGGAUGCGUGAGACUCGCCGAUAAGGGAAGGGCGCUCGAAAAUGCCCUAUGUCGACGGCCAAUGCGACCCCGCUGGAGCCAAUCCAUGGAUUGAGGAGCACUUCCGAGACUGUGUAUAUGAUUUCCGGGAUGCUUUCGGCUUCUCGCUGGGCCUACUGUCCAUCCUGGUGUGGCUCACGGCCCAAUUGCCCCAGUUCAUCAGCAAUGUCAAGAACCAAAGCUCGGAGGCGCUAUCUAUUUGGUUCCUGGUGGAAUGGUUCGCCGGCGACACGUUGAAUUUGCUGGGGUGCCUUAUCCAGGGCCAGCAGCUGCCCACGACCACCAUCCUGGCGGCUUACUUCGUACUCAUGGACGUCAUCAUGUUGCUGCAGUACAUCUACUACGGAGCGCUGCAGGCGCGCAAGGCGCGAGCCCGCGCCAAAGCGCUAGCGCGCCGCAAGCAGCACGCGCACCAUCACCAUCACCACCACCACCGCAGCCAGACGGGGCCGCCAGGCGCCGGCGCCGGCAGCAGCGGAGCUGCCACCCACGGCGGCGGCGUGGGCAGUGGCGGUGACAGCAGCCAGCUACAUGUACGGCAGGCGAUGGCGGCGGUGCCGUUUGGCGCAUACGAGUCCAUCGGCUGCAGUGUGGCGUCAACGCCCGCCAGCGUGACGCCCGGCCCUAGCUACAUACCAGGCGCGCACCCGGCGUGGGGGGCUGGCAGCGGUGGCGCCGGCGCGCCCGUGGCCGGCUCGGCGGCGGCAGGAGGAGCCGGGAUGGCGACGGCAGCAGGCGGCGGGCCAGGGGGAGUUGGGGGAGCUGGGUCGGCGGCGGCAGGGGCCACGGCGGGAGGUGGAGGUGGAGUGGCGGGGGCGGGGGGAGCCGGGGCUGGUGCCGGCGCCGGCGCGGCAGGCGGGUGGAAGGUGUCGGGCGCGGCGGCGGUCAGCGCGGCGGUGUCGCUGGUGUGCGUGGUGUGCCUGGUGGCGGCGGGGCCCGGCGGUCUGCUGACGUCACGCCCGCACUCGCACCAGCACCCACUGGGGCUAGCCCAGGGCAGCGGCGCCGGCGGUCUUGCCGCCGCCGGCGCGCGGCAGCUGCUGCUGAUUGACUUCCCAGCAGACGCGGGGGCAGCGUCCUUCUGGCUGCCGGCCGCAUCCGCGGACGGGAUAGGCGGGCGAGGCGGCGUAGGGCAGGCGCUGUGGCGGCUGGCGGGCGGCGGCGGCGCCCUCCGCGCCGACCCAGAUGACGAUGAUGACAACAGUGAUGGCGACGGCUGCGGCUUUUUGAACUGCGAUGUGGCGCUGGUGGCGGGCACCGCGAUGGGCUAUCUGUCCACCUGCUUCUACCUGGCAUCGCGAGUGAGCCAGAUCAAAAAGAACAUCGCGCGCCGCAGCACGGCGGGCCUGUCGCCCGUCAUGUUCAUGCUGACCAUGACCGCCAACCUGUGUACCGGCAUCAGCAUCGUGGUGCGGCUGCGUUCCCUGACGCAGCUGGAGGACCAGCUGCCCUGGAUGUGCGGCACCUUCGGCACCAUAGCGCUCGACUGCACACUGCUCUUCCAGACAUUUACUAUCGGCUCCAACGGCGGCGGCCACGGCGGCCACGGCGGCAGCGGGGAGGGUGCGGCAGCGGCGGAUGCGGAGGGCGCUGGCGGAGGGGGAGGAGGCAUGCAGGCGAACGGCCGUGCCGGCCAUGCGCAUGACAACGGGGUCGUGGUGGUGUGCGCGGUGAGCGGUGCGGGGGCGGCGGCGGCGGCCGGAGCGGGGGCCGGGUCUGGCACGGCAACCGUGGCGGUGCGCGCACGGCGUGGUGGUGGCAAGGGCAGCGCAGGCACGGGGGCGGGGGCGGGGGCGGGGAUGGGCGGGGGCGACCUCGAAGCGCCGCUGCUGCUGGGCAGUGGCGCGGAGACGGACGGGUGAAUGCGCCUGCGAGGCUGUCGUUUGUAGCCGUGUAAGGACUAGGGAGGGUGUGAUGUGUGUCAAUGGGUGUUGCCGGCGGCGGGCAGCCCUGGGGAAGAGUCGGCGCAGGGAAGUAGCCGCAGCAGCCCCGCUGCCGGAUGUGCCGACUGGGGCACCGCAACAGCACCGGCGCUGGGCGGAUGAGCAACCGGAAUGCGAGUCUUCUUACGCUGUAUGCGUAUGCGGGUCUUCAAACGCUGUAUGCGGCUUCGCUGAUGGCCCAGCGCGGAAGAAAGGCCGAUUGUUCGGCGCGAGCCUGAGUGCGCGCGAGCACGAUGCGAGAUGAGCUUUGGCUGGCGUACAGGCGGCUAUGCGUCUGUGUAUGCACGGGGGCUCAAGCUGGGGUCGGAGGGGUUGGAAGAUUGUGCGCAAGAAGUGGCAGCUUGCCUGCCGUAUGAUUCAUUUCUGUCCAUCAGGAGGUUUGUCGCCGUUCCCUGAGAAGUCGGGCUGUGGGCUGCUGGUGCUGUGUGUGGGUGAGCAGCCGGUCGGGCAGGGAGCCUGACGCGACGUAAGCCGUCAGGUGCGCGCCAGUGACCCGAUUGCAUCCGACGCACCUCCGAUGCAUGGCCCUUGCACCUGACGUGAGAGGACGACGGAGCUGUCCAGAGCGUGGGCUGCUCAGGGUGUGGGCUGGUGCUGGUACGUGCAAUAGCCGGCCGCAACCCGAGCAUGUGCGUAGGAGUGGGACUGGGACUUAUGGGUGUCGAUGAAGUGCGCGAGCUUGCCACAGGGAAAGUGAACACGCAGGACGAAGCAUGUGUUAAAGAGCACAAGGAAAGGCCAUGCGCGCAGGACAGUGUAUGCGAUGCGGAGGCACGGCUGCGGACUUCCGACCAAGCAUGUGUGUGCAUGUGUGUGUGUGUGUGUGUGUGUGUGUGUGUGUUUGCAGCGUGUGUUUUGGGAACCGCCGGAAAGCGGAUCACAUGUUUUGUGCUGGUGUCAGGCAAUAGUACUGUGGACUGGUGUACCGCCGUACGGCAUUGGCAGCAGUGAGUAUGCGGCGAGUUACUGGAGCGAACUGUGCAGUUCGGUAGCGUGCAGGAGCUUGGCUAGCGCAUCGAACACGAGUGCCUGACUGAUUUACUGGUCAAGCCAUGGGACGGUGCGCCGGGAGGCGGGGCGUUGUAGGAUGCAGGUAGGUGCGGGGUGACCCACGGCCGGUGUGUGGCAGCGUGCAGCUUUGCAGACACACGCACGCGGCAGGUCAUGCCGUGGCAUGGCUCCACAGCGCCAUGAAGCUGUUUGGCGGCUGGUUGGCACACUGCCAUGAAAUUUAGAUGGAGGCUGUGGGCUGGGUCACAGUGUUGCGGUGCAAGGACGGUGCAAUAUUGACAGCGACAUGAGAGCGCGCAUGUAGCCGCAAGUGGCGGCGUGUCGGUCCCAGCCAUCCUCUGGAGCUCCAAAGUCCAAACGCAUGUCAUUCGUCAACCAGCAACGUCAACACGGCAUCACGUGAAUGUGCAGAUGUAACACUGGCCCCUCCUAAUCAACGUCAAUCCACCCGCAAGCAUGCGGUCUGUAGCGUGUCCGCCACAUUCGUGCGGGUUAUUUGCAUUCCUUCCGCCGCACCACACACGCACAGCGCUCGGUCCGCUCCGUGUCAGCAAAGCCCCUUUGU